GCAAUGACGAUAUCUUUUUCUUCUCUCAUCCAAUUACAGAAAUCAUCGUGUACCUACAUACAAGAAGGUAGACAGUAAGCGAAUAAUUUGAAGGUGUAAAAAAAGGGGAAGGAAGAGAAGACAACAUCGCAUGACAUCAGCAAUCUACCAAAUCAAUAACGAAGUAACACAGCCAAAGGCAGAGAAUCGUUGGAACUAAUUAAAUUAUACUUUUCACGAAUUGAUUUCUGAAUGUCAGUCGCGCAGCAAGGAAAAAAAAGAGAUAGAUUUAAUUAACCAUUAUCGCAUACCAUUGAUCUCGAAAUAACAGAAAGCAAGUGGUAAAAGAAGAAAACAAGAAGAAAAAAAAAUUGGAGUGGAACGACGACGAAAAAGAACGUUGAUUUUUCGAGAUAUUUUAAUUGCCAUCAGCAAUCGACCGACCACGAAAAAAAAGAACACGAAGUUGUUAUUCAAGUAAAAAGAGUUAAACAAGAAGACUUUUUUUAAUUUUGAAGAUAACGAAAAAGGAGAACGCGACCGCGACAAGUGGGAAAGGAGAAAAACAAGAAGAGAGACCCACCGAAGCAUUGUAUGGAUGAUUAAUAAGAUGUUCAUUUAAUGAGGAUCAAGAUAACUCAACUUUCCACAUCUUAAGAAGGAAAAUAAGAAGAAGGAAAAGAAAAAAGAAAACGAAUCAGAGACAAACGACAUUUGGAGCUGGGAGAACUUUUUACCGUUAAUUUAUGCAUUAGCUUCAUUAGCUAACGCCAUUAAAAUCCAAUCUUACUCAGAUUAAAUACUAAGAUUAGUGAAAAGAGACAAGAAAAGAAAGAAAGAAGUCUUCGCUUUAUUUUGACAUCGCAAGUUCUUUGCUUUCACUUUUUCUUUCUUUUUGUUUUUAAUUUUUUUCUGAACGAGGAAUAAUUAAAAAUCUGUCAAGCUGGCAGCGGUAGCAAUGAAUCCCCACUAUCAUCCGUAUUCGGAUUUGUCAUCGCCCCAUCCACCAAGUCCGGAUAAUAACAAUUAUCCACCACUAAGUCAUCAUAAUGGACACAGCACAUUAAGUCAAAUGGAUGGCCAUCACCAAGGCUUUCAUCAUAUGAAUGGAACGAUGAAACAUUGUGCAGGUUGUGGCGGUAAAAUAAUGGAAAGAUAUUUUCUACAUGCCCUCGACAGAUACUGGCACAAUUCAUGUCUGAAAUGCUCCUGCUGUGGUGCAAUGUUGGCCGAUAUUGGAACAAGCUGUUUCACACGAAGUGGAAUGAUUUUAUGCAAGGCUGAUUACUCUAGAUUAUUUGGAAAUUCAGGAGCGUGUUCAGCAUGUGGUCAGAUGAUUCCAGCAAACGAGCUUGUGAUGAGAACAACUUCAAAUAUGAAUCAAAACGGCGUCAAUAACAACACGCCGGCCAACAAUCAAAAUAUUCAACAUUUUGUGUUUCAUCUGAAAUGUUUCUCGUGCUCAAAAUGUGGCUCGCAUUUAGUUCAAGGUGAUAGAUACUACAUGUUAGCUGGUAGCUUAGUAUGCGAACAAGAUUGGCAUAAGCUCGUGAAAACGGCACCCACACCGACGCCACCAUUACGCAAAGGAAAGAUCAAAAAAGUCGAGGACGAUCAACAGCACGCGCACCCUCCAAUCUUGCCAUCAGUUAUACUGGAGGAUGAUUCGACACGAAACUUGGUGAUACCGCGGCUUCAUCAUCAUCAAUCUAUAAUGGCAAGAUCACCUAAUGAAGGUUUAUACAACAAUUUAUACGACAAAGAUAUGGGAUUGAUGAGAAAAUUGAUGAACUUGGAUGAGUUUCAAUGUCCUAGUAGCAUGACUCAUACAAAUAAUAACAACAUCAAUAGUAAUUGUGUCGGUUUGCCUAACAACGAUAUGAUUGCAACGAAACAAUUUCAUCAAUAUCCGAAUGGCAUUUUCAAUGGGAAAUUCGCCAACUCAUCAAAUUUUCCAUUUCCUUUUGAUAAACCUCAGCAACAACAACAGCAACAGUCGACAAAUGGCAUCAGACAUGAUGGUUUGCUGAAGCCCUGCUACGACUUUCCAUUGAAAUCUGAUGCAAUUGAUGACAAUUUUGGAAGCAAUCCAAUAUCAGUAGGUGGUUUUAAGAAGCAGCAGCAGCAAGCAUCGAUUUUUACGUCCAGUGGCUUCAUGAAUCAAUUCCCUCAUGAAUCAUUAUUCAGUGCCAACAAUCAUCAUUCGACAUUCACCAAGCUCAACGAAAUCAAUAAUAAUAAUGGCGGAGGGAUGGUUGUGAAGAUGGAAAAUGAUUUUAACACAAUGCAUAUGAACAGUAAACAAAAUGAACUUUUAUGUUCUCGAAGCUCAAAUAAUUUGAACAAAACUGAACCAAAUGAAUUUAGAAAUAGUAGCUGUAAAAGUAGCGGCGCUGAUAAUACGCUACAAGAUGAUGAUGAAAACAAAUCAUCAACGCUGCAUGAUGAAAGCAAUGAUGGCUUCACGCAAUUGUAA